GCUGGGGCCUGCUCCCCAGAGCCCUUGGAGCAGAUUGCAGACCUUUGGAGCCCUAUGUCGCUGGCACCCCAGAACCCAGAACAUGGCAGAUGGGGCACAGGCAAACCCCAAAGGGUUCAAGAAGAGGGUGCUGGUUAGACACCCCUUUGGGUGGAGGGGCCCAAGUCUCAGUGCCUCUUCUCCUUUGAGGACCUCCAGCCUGGCUACGAUGAAGUUCUUCGCCAUCGCCAUCCUGGCCGGCAGCAUCCUGCCUCUGGCCCACAGCAGCCUGUUCAACCUGAAGUCCAUGGCGGAAGCCAUCACGGGAAGAAACGCCAUCUUGUCCUUUGUGGGCUACGGCUGCUACUGCGGGCUGGGGGGGCGCGGCCGGCCCAUGGAUGAAGUGGACUGGUGCUGCCAUGCCCAUGACUGCUGCUACCAGAAGCUUUUUGAUCAGGACUGCCACACCUACGUGGACCACUAUGAAUACACCAUCGAGAAUAACACAACGAUUGUCUGCAGAGAUCUCAACGAGACGGACUGUGACCGGCAGACCUGCGAGUGUGACAAGAGCGUGGUUCUGUGCUUGCAGAGCCACACCUACAAUGAGACGCAUCGCAACUACCUCAAUAUAUACUGUCAGGGCGUCACACCCAACUGCAGCAUCUACGAGCAGCCCCACAUCCAUGAGCAGCCCCAGGAGAACACGACCUGCAGGCUCACCACCCUGGCACCCCCUGCACCCCCCUAG